CACUUCCGGAUGUCCCGCCCAUGCGCACUUUAAACGGAAACAUGGCAGCUCCAACUACAAACCCCGAUGACAUUUCAGCGUCCAUUGCUCGCAUUUUGAAUGAAAAACACUCCCCUGAACACUUGCAAGUCUUAAAAACUUUUAACGCUUUGUUACAGGACCGGGAAUACAGGGAUGCUGUUAGUGGAAAGGCUUUCUCCGGUCUUCUAAAAGUCUUAUCCAGACUCAGUGAUGAGCUGCAAGCUUCCAGCGGCUCUGAUUACAACUUAAAGCUGCAGCUUGCUGCUGAGUGCUUUCGAGCUCAGAGGAACUCCUGUGUGCAAAGUUCCCGUAACCAGUGCCUGCUCAGGGAGCUUGGUUUCGUUGAUGUUUCUCUUCAGCUACUGAGAUUCCUGUACACAAAUUCAAAGAACAAGGAUGGCGUCUUUGAACCUGUGCGUUGUGGGAUCCAGUUUCUUGGUAAUUUAGCUGUGGGGAACCAAGUGUGUAAAGAUGACAUUUGGCAGCGGAGCUUUCCAGAUCUCUUCUUGCAGCUGCUUAGCGUGCAUGACGAGAAGACGGUGAGCCACACCUCUAUGGUGCUCCACACAUGUCUGGAUGAAGUCAAGGUGGAGGAACUGUCUGAGCCGCAGAACAUCCAAUUGGCGCUCAAGGUGAUGGAGCUCUGCAGGACGCAACCCGAUCUGGACUGGACCGUCCUGAUUGCAACUCAACACUUUCUCAAGUCUUCAGCUCUGGUUGAAAAAAUGUAUGCUGCCAUGUCAUCCUGUGAAAGACUUACCUUGUUAGAGCUGAUCUCGGCCCAGCUAAGUGGCGAAGAGUCCCUGGACUGUGGCGUCCCCUCCAACGUGGCCCGCUUCCUCGCCUCCACCUUCCAGAAAGGUUGCGGAGCCGUGUUGACCCUUGCCACUGGCUCCGCCUCCAGCGAAGAGGUCCUGCAGGAGGCGCUGACUGUGAUCGGUCUGCUUGACGUGCUGUGCGAGAUGACCUCACACCAAGCGCAGUUCCUCCAGGACCAACCGGACCUUUUAGUGACCACUGUAGAGCUCUUGAAGCAGGUCCACUCCAUCGGAAAGGCCAGCAAGAACAUUUUCAGCUCGGCUCAGAACUUCUCAACCUCGAGCGACGAAGAUGACCCUUCUUCCGAAUCACCCGUCGUCAGCUUUAAGGCUCACCUUAUCAGGCUUAUUGGGAACCUGUGCUACACCCACGCCAACAACCAGAACAAGGUCAGAGAACUGGAAGGCCUCCCACUCAUUUUGGACAACUGCAACAUAGACAGCAACAACCCAUUCAUCAGUCAAUGGGCCAUUUUCGCUAUCCGCAACCUCCUGGAGCACAAUCGGAAGAAUCAGGAGCUGGUGGCCUCCCUGGAACGCCGUGGGGCUGCCGACUACUCUGCGCUCAGGGAGCUGGGCUUCCAGGUGGAGGAGAGAGAUGGCAGCUUGCUGCUCAAACCAGUCAGGAAAGAUGCUUGACCUCCUCCGGGAACACAGGUUUUCAUGUGAAGAAUUCACACCGGCAGGAACCAGGAACAUGCUUGCAGUAAUAUUAGUCACUACCUUCGCAACACAAUAAGGCUCGAAAGGCCAUGGGAUUUCGCAAUGCAUUGUGGGGCUGGGUAGCCAUUGUUUGUGUUUGUUUACAUGGCUGUACUUAACCAGGGGUAUUGUGAGAGUGAGCAACAAAGUGGAUUAAAUCGUACAAAAAAAAACUAGACCCUGUCCCAAUUAUUAGCCCCCUUGAAAAUAAGUAAAAUUGGUGGAAUUGAUCCAAAUGAGCAUGUCCAAUAUACAAGAUUCGAGCAAGCUGCCGAAUGUGUCCUGUAUCUCCAUAGUCACCCAGGUCAGUUUUUAUACAGGCCAAACAUUUCGGAAUGCAUAGUCAGUUCACUUGUUCACGAGUGGGGGAAGAGUGGAUCGUGAGAUCGACAGGCGGAUCGGUGCGGCGUCUUCAGUAAUGCAAACGUUGUAUCGAUCUGUUGUGGGGAAGAAGGAGCUGAGCCGGAAGGCAAAGCUCUCAAUUUACCGAUCGAUCUACGUUCCCAUCCUCUUGGGUCAUGACCGAAAGGAUAAGAUCACGGGUACAAGCGGCCGAAAUGAGUUUCCUCCGCCGUGUGGCGGGGCUCUCCCUUAGAGAUAGGGUGAGAAGCUCUGUCAUCCGGGAGGAACUCAAAGUAAAGCCGCUGCUCCUCCACAUCGAGAGGAGCCAGAUGAGGUGGCUCGGGCAUCUGGUCAGGAUGCCACCCGAACUCCUCCCUAGGGAGGUGUUUAGGGCACGUCUAGCCGGUAGGACCCAGGACACGUUGGGAAAACUAUGUCUCCCGGCUGGCCUGGGAACGCCUCGGGAUCCCCCGGGAAGAGCUAGACGAAGUGGCUGGGGAGAGGGAAGUCUGGGCUUCCCUGCUUAGGCUGCUGCCCCCGCGACCCGACCUCGGAUAAGCGGAAGAUGAUGGAUGGAUGGAUGGAUAGUCAGUAAAGGCUCACAGACAAACCAAACUUCAAGAUUUUUACAUCAGAAAGAAAAGAUUGUUGUCUUUUCAGAGGUACGUCAACAGGACUUGUCACUGAGUCGUGUCAACUGAAAAAAAUUGGUUUCAAACUAAAUAUAUUUUAAGUCCGAAAUACAAAUGCAUCAAUGUGGGAAAAAUGCAAAGUCUUGUCAGAUCUAUAAAUAAGCGUGUUUUUUUCCCCCCCUAUAUACUGUACUUUGUGUCACACACGGGUUAGUGCGUGUGCCUCACAACAGAAAGGUCAUGGGUUCGAUUUCUGGGCUCGGGGUCUUUCUGUGUGGAGUUUGCAUGUUUUCCCGGUGACUGCGUGGGUUCCCUCCGGUUACUCCGGCUCAAAGACGUGCACCUGGGGAUAGACUGAUUGGCAACACUAAAUGGUCCCUAGAGUGUGAAUGUUGUCUGUAUGUGUUGGCCCUGCAAUGAGAUAGCGACUUGUCCAGGUUGUACCCCGCCUUCCGCCCGAGUGCAGCCGGGAUAAACUCGAGCACCCCCCACCACCCCGAGAGGGACAAGCGGUAGAAAAUGCAUGGAUGGAUACUGCACGUUGUCAGACUAACCGCUUACUAAAUGCUACGUGCGACAGAAUAAAACGUGCUUUGAUUCAAACGUUCCAGUGGGAAAAUGCCGUGAAUAAAUCGUUCACCUACUCAGUGGCCUAGUGGUUAGAGUGUCCGCCCUGAGAUCGGUUGGUUGGGAGUUCAAACCCCGGCUGAGUCAUACCAAAGACUAUUAAAAAUGGGACCCAUUACCUCCCUGCUUGGCACUCAGCAUCAAGGGUUGGAAUUGGGGGUUAAAUCACCAUAAAUGAUUCCCGGGCGCAGCACCGCUGCUGCCCACUGCUCCCCUCACCUCCCAGGGGGUGAUCAAAGGGAUGGGUCCAAUGCUGAGGACAAAUUUUUCCACACCUAGUGUGUGUGACAAUCAUUGGUACUUUAACUUUAACUUUACCAGGUGAUGGCGUUAAAAGUCAUGUUUGUCUAACAGCUGCUAUCCAGGCUAUUCACUGUCUCUUCAUUAGCUCACUAACUCGACUUCUUUGGGCUUUGCUUUCACGCUGGAAAUGAGAAAAGUCAAACAAAAUAUAUAUAUAUUUUUUUUGCCUGAGGCGAUCUUGACCACGAUUGUGGCAAUUAAUGCUGCCGCACGUUCACGCCAUGUUUUGAACUUUGUACAAAACUUGAGGAAAGCACGUUCAAGCCAUGUUUUGAACUUUGUACAAAACUUGAGGAAAGAGGCUUGUUUUCCAUCCGAUCAUCCAUUCAUCCAUUUUCUAUCGCUUAUUCCCUUUGGGGUCGCGGGGUGCUCUGGUGCCUAUCUCAGCUACAAUUGGGCUGAAAGAAGGGUACACCCUGGACAAGUCACCACCUCAUCACAGGGCCAACACAGAUAGACAGACAACAUUCACACUCACAUUCACACACUAGGGCCAAUUUAGUGUUGCCAAUCAACCUAUCCCCAGGUGCAUGUCUUUGGAGGGGGGAGGGAACCCACGCAGUCACGGGGAGAGCAUGCAAACUCCACACAGAAAGAUCCCGAGCCCGGGAUUGAACCCCAGACUACUCAGGACCUUCGUAUUGUGAGGCAGACGCCAGAGUGAAGUCUUGUUUUCAGCCAUGUAAAUAAGUAACACCGAGUCCAGCAAGACCCACAAUGCAUUGCGUUAGUACGUCACACUUUCAAGCCUUCUCAAUACAUCCUUGCUAAAACUAAGCUUUAGGACCUCUUGUAUGGUCUCACCCAAAAUCCUUGGAAAUGAAGAUAAAGGCAAUGCUGGUUAAAAUAAUUAUUUGUCCUGUAAUCCAAAGACAGAUACCUCUACAGUUUUCAGGCUUUUCUAAUCUUAACCAGGGUUAAAUCCCAAACUGCAUCACCCAAUGAAUACAUGUAACAAAUAUUAUUUAAAAAAAACUUACCAUAGAACAGGGGUAGGGAACCUAUGGCUCUGGAGCCAGUUGUGGCUCUUUUGAUGACUGCAUCUGGCUCUCAGAUAAAUCUUAUCUGAAAUUACUUAACAGAAUAAGUAAUUAAUAAUUCCGCUGGUAAUCGCAGUGUUAAAAAUAACGUUCAAAAUAUAAAACAUUCUCAUGCAUUUUAAUCCAUUUGUCCGUUUUCUACCGCACCUGUUCAAGAGGGGCGGUAUAGCUCGGUUGGUAGAGUGGCCGUGCCAGCAACUUGAGGGUUGCAGGUUCGAUCCCCGCUUCCGCCAUCCUAGUCACUGCCGUUGUGUCCUUGGGCAAGACACUUUACCCAUCUGCUCCCAGUGCCACCCACACUGGUUUGAAUGUAAAAAAAAUUAGAUAUUGGGUUUCACUGUUUCACCUGUUCAAGAGGGGCGGUAUAGCUCGGUUGGUAGAGUGGCCGUGCCAGCAACUUGAGGGUUGCAGGUUCGAUCCCCGCUUCCGCCAUCCUAGUCACUGCCGUUGUGUCCUUGGGCAAGACACUUUACCCACCUGCUCCCAGUGCCACCCACACUGGUUUGAAUGUAAAAAGAAUUAGAUAUUGGGUUUCACUAUGUUAAGCACUUUGAGUCACUUGAGAAAAAGCGCUAUAUAAAUAUAAUUCACUUCACUUCACUUCAAGAAGUCGCAUUAAUGGUAAGAUGUAUUUUAUUUAUUAUUGGUUAGCUUCAGAAUAACAAUGUUAUUAAAAAGAAUUAGAGACUUAUUAUACUCUCAAAAUGUUGGUCUUACAUAAAAAUGCAUGCUUUUAGUUGUAUUCAGUGUUUUAAAAAAUAUUAUACGCCUCUCACGGAAAUACAUUUUAAAAUAUUUGGCUUUAAUGGCUCUCUCCGCCAAAAAGGUUCCCGACCCCUGUCAUAGAAAUAUUGUCUAUAUUGCAUUAACAAUCAUGUUUAUACUCAUUGCAUGCUCAUAAUCCUAACUAAAUGCACUGUUUUGUAGAUAAAUGCUGUGUCAAAGGGUUUAAGACAUUCAAUCUACCUAUUUGAGUCUUUCACUAUGUCACUGCUUUCCUCCUAACCUGUAAUUUACUUUUGUUCUGGCGAUUAGUGGUAGAGUCAGAAGCGAUAAUCUGUCCUGACAUCUCGACAAUGUAGCGCGUUAUAGAACCUGCCCUACCCUGUUUUCUCUGCCUGGCGUUUUUUUUUUUUUUUUAAUGACAAGAUGCACUGAAACAAUCAACCGGACUCUCCCCUCAAUCCGCCGCCAUGGUGGAGGGAGCUUAUAUGGUUCCGGUCCCCAAGGAUUUCAGACAGCUAACAAAACAGCGUUUACUUGCGCUCCAGCGGCUGGCUGCAAUGCUUUUGAGCCUCACAGGAAAGCGGCUGUGCGAGUCAGCCAGGGUUUGAAUGAGGCAGCGUGGCCACCACACAUUACUCUGGGCUUUACCAUAUCAGCGUUUUAUACCACAUUGUGUUCCUGUCUCCCGGAUGCAAAAUACUUUAUUACAAGGCUUAAUAAAUAUGUUUGCGACCCAA